AUGGCCAACGCUGACCGCGUUCGUGUUCGAGGACUUAGUAUCGCUCGACCGAUAGUAUACGGAAAUAGUGCCAGGCUUCUGACCAGUGAAGAACGAGAAAAUGUUCCUCCCGAACAUACACAUAGAUGGACUGUAGCCCUUCGCAGUGCGGCGUCUGCUCCAGGCUCAGAUAUCGUUGGAGGAGCAGACGAUUUGAGUUAUUUUAUAAAGAGGGUCUCGUUCAAGUUGCAUGAGACGUAUCCCAAUCCGAUGCGAAAUAUCGACAAACCACCUUUUGAAUUGUCGGAAACAGGAUGGGGAGAAUUCGAAGUCCAUAUCAAACUGCAUUUUAUCCCAGAAUCAGGCGAAAAAGUCAUAACAAUUUACCACCACCUCAAACUUCACCCAUGGUCUCUAUCCGGCGAUACCGAAUCGAUCCCACCGCUCGAAGUCGCGCAAAAGGCCGGAACCGUUCAUUCCUGGCAAUACGAGGAAAUUGUCUUCAACGAUCCGUACCAGAAUUUUCUUAAUAUCCUCACAAAUAAUCCGCCGACGCCUAUACCCCGUACGAACACCAGCGGUAGGACCAUACCGUUUCAUAUCGGAAAUCCGGCAUCUUUCGAGUCUUUGAAAGGCGGUGUGCCAGAGUUCACGUCGCUCCUAGAGAAAGACGAAGCUGAGAGGCUAGAUAAAGCCAAGAAAUUGAUUAUUGCGGAGCAGGAAAAGACACGGGCACUUCUUAUCGCAAAGGAGAAAGAAUUGGCUCGGUUACAGAAGAUGCUGAACGGCUGA